AUGGACGAUCAUCAUCGAAAAUCGGCCGAUUUGCCGGAGGGGCAUAAAAACCCUCCCAGUGAAUCCGCAAGCGCCGAAUUCACAGGUGAGCACUUUUUAAACGAUAUAUCGUUCGAUUUCGGUGCUGCUGACGCGCGAGGAAAUCUCGACGCGUCGCAACACGGGAGGAGACAGAGUCAAAGACUCAAUACUAAUUUAAAUAAGAGGCGCAGAACCGAUAAUGAAAGCUACGGAACGCGUAGUUUUGAUAUAUUCCCGCUCAUUGAGCAAAUCAACAAAUCGUUGACACAAAUUGUUGAAAAGAGGGAACAAGGGAAUGAUAAUACCCUCAAAGAGAAUGGCUAA